CGGGGGCGCUGCGGGGCGGGGAGGUGCGGCCGGGCCCAAGAUGGCGCAGGCCGUGAACGUGGCGGAGCUGAGCCUGCCGCAGCUGGAGGUGCUCAAGGGGCAGCUCGACCAGGAGGUGGAGUUCCUCUCGUCCUCCAUCGCCCAGCUCAAGGUGGUGCAGACCAAGUAUGUGGAAGCCAAGGACUGCCUCAAUGUCCUCAACAAAAGCAACGAAGGGAAGGACCUGCUGGUGCCGCUCACCAGCUCUAUGUAUGUCCCUGGGAAGCUCUCGGAUGUCGAGCAUGUCCUGAUCGAUGUUGGAACCGGCUACUACGUGGAGAAGACGGCAGAUGAUGCCCGAGACUUUUUCAAGCGGAAGAUCGACUUCCUGACCAAGCAGAUGGAGAAGAUCCAGCCAGCGCUGCAGGAGAAGCACGCCAUGAAGCAGGCUGUGGUGGAGAUGAUGAGCCAGAAGAUCCAGCAGCUCACGGUCCUGGGGGCAGCGCAGGGUGCCACCACCAAGGCAUAGCUUUUGGCCUCAGGGGGCUGCCUUCCUCUGCAUCGCUGCUGGGCUGGGGGUGCGGACUGCAGUGUCCCCUCCCCAUGCUCUUCACCUCGCCAACGCCCCAACCCUUCCCCUUUUGGUAGGUAGCCCCUCGCUGCCACUGCAUGGAAUAAAUUGAGAUGUGGGAACACCCCCA